UAGCAUUUGGUAUCAAACUAAAAAGAUUUCAAAUUCAUAAACAUUGUAUACAUUUCGUAAACUUUCUCAGCCAUGGAUGCAUUUUGUAAAUUCUUAAGUGAUGACCUGUUUGGUUUGUUGAAAGAUCUGGUCUUUGAAUCUUGGACUUGCGAUUCAAAGGAAUCUCUAGGUGCAAAGCAAGGGAAGGAAAAUAGAUCAGGGGGGAACAACAAUGAAUGCGGAUUGGUAACACAUCCUAGCUACACCAUAAGACACGAGUAUCCUGGUCCUUUGGUCACCUACGACGGGGAGGAGCGCUGCGAGCAGCGCCUUAUCCGCCUCUCGGACCUGAGCUGUGGCAAAGUGGAUCUCAUUUUCGAGGCCUAUCAAGAUGACAGCGACGACUGUGAAGAGACAACUGAGGAGGACUUGGAGGACAACUGUGAGGGGCAGGAAAGGAGGUGGCAUGUGAAAAAGGAAGAAUCAAGGUGUUCCAGGGGAGGAUCAUUUGAAAGCUCAAUGGAAGAUGACUGUUCUGAAGAGGCCACAGAGGAUGAGAAGCCAGAAAUGGCUGAGGGAUUAAACAAGAAAAUGUUGGACUUCCUAAGAAAUCUCUUUCCCAGGACUAAUUUAAACAAUUACUUUAGGCUGACUGGAGGAGAGGAGGAGACCUGCGCCUUGGAUGUAAGCCCAGCCACCGGAGAGCAGCUGAGAAAGCUGGAGGAAGGAGCCAGAGCUAUAUACGAUGAGUUUAUUAGACCCGACUUACCUCCCUGGGAUUCUCUGAAACCAACGGAAAAGCUGCGUUUUCAGUGGAAAGCCUAUUCAGGAGAAGAACUGAAGGAAACUCCCUACGACAAUUUCCGUGGGAGCUUCGCUCGAAGUUUUUACCAAACCUGUCCCUUUGCUUCAGGCGUCCUGGUUGAAAACGAGAGCAGGGAGACCUGGUCGAAACUAGAUCGCAACCAGCGUAUGCCCUUCAUUCUGCAGGCUCUGCUGUACCAAGUGGCCAUCGGAGCCAUCGAUCCCGAAGACCACUGUGCUGUUCGUGAACUUUUCCACAAGUUGAGAUAAAGGAAAAGUGCGUUUUCCAUUUCCAUUUCGAUGUCGAUUCCGAUUUAAUACGAACCAGAUGGUGUGUGGCCAAUCUAUUUUCGUGGCGAGCCUCGAAAUUCGCAGCUCUUUCGGCCCCCUGUGAGUGGAAUCCCUCAGUUCUUCUGCUCUUGAACCAGAUUUGUCGGGAAUAAUGGAUCUUCUACUUCUGGCCAAGGUCGCCACUGACAUGGCAUUGGCACUCGAUUAGCAAUUAAGGCAGCAGCAGCAGCAGCAGCAGCAGCAGCAGCAGCACUCAAGGUCGCGCAGAAUUAAGACGGCAGAGCUCUCGGGUGGAUCCCAACCUCUGAGGGGAAACUUGGACGUGCCCCCUCCCGUCCGAAUCAAUAUCCCAGGCGCAUACAUUAGCAAUAAAAAUUUGCUGUACCCCCGGAACUGAGGCAAAUAAAACAAACGAGAAGCAAACUUUUUAAAAUGUAAUUUCGCUGGCCGGCAAAUAAAUAAAAUGGAAUUGUGGCAAAUCGAAAGUGAGAGCCAGGGAAAUCAAA